GCCUGCGCAGUGUGCGUUGCUCCGCUGUGAUAAACAUACGUCAGACGGGAGUCUUCGUCGAGUCAAAACAAAACAAAAAAAAAACUACGAGGGACGAAGAAUCUGGUUCCAGAGAUUGGGAAUAACGAGCGGAGGUUCGCGAAAUCGUUUUUUGUUUGUUUUUUGUAAGUGUUGUUACGUAUUGAACCGAAGCUGGAGUGAAGCUCGCUGCGGUUUUUAACUCGAGUCGAAGGUGUUUGUUCGGUCGGGAGGGAGGGAGUGCGCGAGAGGGGCUUCUGCUGGGAAGCGCGAGGCUGCAGUGUGCUGGAAGAACAUGGCAGAUAGCAACACGCGCCAGCCUCCACCGCCGGUCUUGCAAACUUAAAAAAAACAACAACAGCUUGCAAUUUUUUUUCAUGCCAAUUUAUUGAAGCUUUUUAAACCAUUUUUAGCUUUUUGUUUUAGGAAUCCAUACUUGCUGCUGGUGCCGCUAAUAUAAUACUCCGCGAGUGACACAGCAAGGCGCUGAAUUGCAUAUAUGUUUUUCAUAACUCCCGAACGGAUUAUGUUCUCUGAAAAGCGCGGAGGUAAUUUCGGGACAACUUAAUAAUAACAUUUGAAUUUCACACCAAAGGAGGAUCUGAACGGUAACUGUUUUGUUUUUUUGGAUGCAACGAGACUGGAUUGUACAGUUCUGCGGUGAAUGGGUUGGAGUAGUUAAAUUCACACGCCGCUGGCUCACACUGACUUGUUGAGCUGAGCAAAAUAAUCUUGAGCCGGACUUUCUGUACUUUGGAGGGUUUUGCUGUGAAGGUGCGAUGCCGAGUUUUUUGGAUGCUGCUGGUAAUCUGUUAUGAAAUUGGGAGCCACCUUGCUUAAGCCCCGAGACUGGAAGCUGUCACUCAGCCCCCUCACCUGUGACACCGCUGUGCUGGAUGUCUCGUAGUCAUACCUGCUUGAUCUGCUAAAGAGAUCCCGUUGGUUGCACGCUGUUGUAAAGUGUUUUUAUUGCUCUAUGCAAAUAUAUAAAGUAUAUAUUUUAAAGUCUAUAAUUCGCAUUUAAAAACACGUUGAAUUGGAAGUCUAAGCACAAUAAAUAGGCUUGGUUUGGUAACUAUCUGAAUUAUUAAUCGCGAAUGCCACCUGUUCGUUCUGAAGGAGUUUAAUGCACAGCCGUCAGUUUUCAUAUUCAUUCAGGAAUACUCGAGGCAGCUGUUUUAUCAAGGGGGCGAUUCAAUAAACACAUUAAACACGUCGAUUAACACAGGGAGCUGCCGGCGCCAGUUUUAGCUUCUUUCUUGGUAAACGUAUCGGAUACGGGACUCGUUUGUUUUCACGGAUGUAAACAGCACUGUCCAGAUGUUUUAAUUCACCGACUCAUUGAAGAAUUUCUUUUGUGUCUGGAUUUUUUUUUUUAAUGCCACAAACAGAAACCGCGUUUUCCAGCCUGCUGAUCACGUCUGCCAGUAAAGCGGCAGGUUUUACUAUUAAGGAGAUUACUAUUCCCUUUAAUCUCCGAUCCGUGAUUUUGCGCUUCAGCGCAGCAUGCAGAUUACAAGCAUGUUUUAACCCUGCCGUUCUGUAGGAAUCUCCUUUAUGCAGAGGAUGGUGACUCAAAUGAGUAAUCAGGACUUAGGUGCAGCUUCCUGAACACGCGUGACAUCUUUUAUAGUUAUUAUUUUAUUAUUAUUAUUAGUCUUUGGCAAUACCAUGUUGAUACAAUACUUUUUGGGGACAUUUUAAAGCAAUUUUUUUUUUUAAAUUUUUCUAAAACUGUUUUUAAUUAUUAUAAAUAUAUAUAGUAAAUAGCUCGCAUUCAAGAAAAAAAAGAAAAAAAAAACUAUGGAGGAAGAGCAGACAACCUUAGUUGAAAUCGACCCGGACUUUGAGCCUCAAAGUCGCCCGAGAUCAUGCACCUGGCCUCUGCCUCGGCCCGACAUAUCCACUGUCAAACAGGAGGGGGGCGAUGGGGCGGAGUCUGCCGCGGGGACCCCGCCCACUGAGGAAGAGAAGCAGGAGCCUCUGCCAAUCAUUUCAGAGCCUGAGACAGUAGCGGUGCCCGAGGGUGGAGUUCAAGCGGGGGUGGGCGGGGCUACCCCGAGGAAAGGCUCCUCCCGCCGGAAUGCCUGGGGGAAUCAGUCCUAUGCAGAGCUAAUCAGUCAAGCCAUCGAAAACUCCCCUGAAAAAAGACUGACCCUUGCCCAGAUAUAUGACUGGAUGGUCAAAACAGUGCCUUACUUCAAGGACAAAGGGGACAGCAACAGCUCUGCAGGAUGGAAGAACUCCAUCCGCCACAACCUGUCUCUGCACAACAAGUUCCUGCGCAUGCACAACGAGUCGACCGGCAAGAGCUCCUGGUGGAUGCUGAACCCGGAGGGGGGGAAGACCGGCAAAUCCCCCAGGCGUCGCGCAGCCUCCAUGGACAACAGCAGCAAGCUCCUGAAGAGCCGAAUCCGCGCAGCCAAGACUAAGAAGGCAGCCGCCGCCGCCGCUGAGGGGCCAGGCGGGGGUGCGGACAGUCCUGGCGGAGGCUCCCAGCAGCAGCUCCCCAAGUGGGGCGUCAGCAGCAGCAGCCCCUCGUCCCGCAGCAGCCUGGACGACCCCGAUAUCUGGACCAGCUUCCGGCGUCGCACCAGCUCCAACGCCAGCACCCUGAGCGGCCGGCUGUCCCCCAUCGCCCCCGGGCACGAGGACGACGAAGGCCUGGACGAGGACGACCUCCACGCCACCCUGGCUACCUACUCGGCCACCAGCGUGCCGCCCACCCUCACAGAGACCCUGCUGGAGGAGCUGGAGCUCAUCGACGGCCUCAAUCUCAUGUCGUCUCAGCAGCAGCAGCACAGCAACAGCAGCCCCUCCGCCAGCUCUCCCGGCACCACUACCCUCCCCUCAGCAGCCACCCUGCUCCCGAGGAGCGCCAGCUUCUCCUCCUUUCGGCAGCUCCAGCAGAACAAACGGGAGCAAGCUGCGGUAGCGGCGGCAGCAGCAGUGUCGGUGGCACAGGCGAUGCAGCAGAACAAAAACGCAGGCAGCACCGCCACCGCCAACUUUGGCAACUCUCUGUUCAAGCCCUUGCCCAGCCCUGCCGGCGCCAAUAGGGUGGGCGGGCGCUUCGGAGGCGGUGUGGGCAGAACCGAGCGUCUUCCCUCCAGCCUAGAGGCCCUCCUGACCUCCGACUCGCCGCCUCCCAGCGAUGUCAUGAUGACCCAGGUUGACCCCUUGAUGCCGAGCCAGAGUGCUUCCAACCUGCUGAUCCUGGAUGGCCAGCUGAGCCGAGGGAAAGUGGCAGGGCAGCAGCAGCAGCAGCUUUUAGGGAAGAGCCAGGAGCAGGGCACCCUACUGACCAUGUCACUCCAGCAACAGCAGCAGCAACAAUACCGAGCCCAGCUGGGGAAUUCCGUCCAGCAGCUGGGAUUGGAAAUGCUGGUCCCGGGAAUGGGCCAGGACUCUGCCCACCUGGCGGCUCUGAAGGCCCAGCUGGCCCAGGGUCCCGGCAGCCCCUCGGCUGGGCCGCUCCUGGGCGGGAUGCCCUCCUCGUCUGCUGGGGGGCUCCCUGGAAUGGGCCCCUUCGGAAGCUCCGGGUGCUUCCUCACAGGACAGGACAAGCUGCCCACCGACCUGGACAUUGACAUGUUCACAGAGAACCUGGACUGCGACGUGGAUUACAUCAUCAACAGCGACCUCAUGGACGGAGAGGGCAUGGACUUCAACUUCGACCCCAUCCUGAACACCAAUCCGAGCUACCCCAGCCCUGCCACCAGCCAGGCCUCCUCCCACAGCUGGGUUCCCAGUUAGUCCCUCAACGCCCCUUGCAGGAUUCUCCAGAGCCCCAGACCCCAUGCAGUUCCUUCAUGCCGCUGUGUGGACUGGAAGCUGAACUCACAACCCUCGCAGCAGCUUCGUAAGGGUUAUGAAGACACUUGGCCAUACAAAUCACUGCACAGAUAUUUACAAUAUAUAUAUACACACACACACACACAUGUUGUCCAGACCUCAUGUUUGUGUCAUCUGCCAACCAAAAAAACGAAUUUCAGCUUCUCUGAACACAUUUUGAUGAGAACGCGACAGAGAGAGAGGUGCUGUGCAGCCUGGCACCCCGUGCUGUAGAGUGAACGUUGUGUUCCCGUAUUCCCUCCAGCAUGGAUCUCAGCAGCCUGCUGUUUUGACAGAAUGCAGACGGCUCAGUACAUGGUGAUUGUGGGUGGGAUUGCCGGCACACUGAGACACUAGCCUGCCGCUCCUUCAUUGAGUUUGCUGGUCUGCACACAAAAGGCAGCACCUCGCGGCACAGCUUGUGUUUAAUCAGCGCAGAUUGGGAGGAAGGGUCACUCAGCGGGGAAUGCUUUUGUUUGUUUCGUGUGUUUGUUUUAUCCCUUUUAUUACUUUCAGCGCUUAAAAUAGGUGGUACGAUUUGGGGUGUCUUUUAAAUAUGGUGACAUUAAUAAAUAAAGAAGCCCACCGAUCCUUUCCCGUGGGAAGAAACUAAACUGAACAGAACAAAGCCUUUGCUGUUCUCUGCCUGCGCGUCAUUUGGAGUGUGGUGUUGGAGCACCAGGGCUUAGCAACCGAUUCAGCAACAGGCUGAGGUCUGUACAAAAAAUAAAAGAAUCUAUUCUGGAAUGCAACCCAAUGAAUUUAGUCUGAGUUCUAGAGCAUUCUGAAAUACUGUUCUAGAACUCAUCGGAUGAUCUUUUUGCAAUUAAAAAAAAAUAAUAAUUGAAAUUGCUUUUGUUCUUUGUACAGUGCAACAUGUAAAUAGCUUUAUAAACCCAAGUCUUUUAAAAAGGAGAAAAGGUACCAUUCACUUUUAACAUUAUUUUCAAUGUAUUUUAUAAGCAAACGAAUCAGGCAGCUCAUUCUCACCCUUAUUCCAGAAGGGUUAGGCUGGAGCUGGAUUUUAGAGAAUGGCUUGUUUUCUAUUCUUGAAAUGAUUUAUUUUCUGUAUACUAACCUUAUUUUGUAAGAAGUUACUUCAGUACGUGAAACAAGUAUUUUUGACAAUAGUAUAAUCAAGAUUGAGGUAAACUAGUUAAAUAUUGCAUUUAAAGAGAUUAUACAUUUAUAUUAAAAAAAAUAAAAAAAAUUACUAAAACGGGCAGAGAGAACUAACAGUUUCAGCCCAUUUUUAACGGUCGUUUUCUAUAUAUUCUUUUAUUUUGUAAAAGAUAAAAUCAGUGUAGAUUUGUACAUAACCGAACAAACACUAAUUUGACUGCGUACAGAAUAGGAACAAAACGGAGAAAAGUAUUUCAGCAUCAAUAAGCUUACAAUUGCUUAAAAGCAAAUGCAUUUUAAAAAUGAAAUAAGCAGAUUUGCAGAGUGAGCUUGAAGGAUGGAGCAGCGAGAUCGCUUUAUUAAUAUUACCAGGAGAGCCUACGGUUGACCCGAUUUUAAGAAGCAUUCGUGUCUGAAACAUGCACAAUGACCCACAAUGUCAUUCACAGAGGACUGCAGUCCACUGAGUGACCCACAAUGUCAUUCACAGAGGACUGCAGUCCACUGAGUGACCCACAAUGUCAUUCACAGAGGACUGCAGUCCACUGAGUGACCCACAAUGUCAUUCACAGAGGACUGCAGUCCACUGAGUGACCCACAGUGUCAUUCACAUCUCUAUACAGGGCAUGUGUUGGGUUUCGUAGGUCCAUCAAGCACUCCUCUCAGCUGCUUCAUUUUGAAGCAAUUUCCAUCACGUCUUGUUAGACACAACCUGUUUGAAAUCUGCUUAAACGUGAACUAGCCAUUAACUCUCAGGGUGGUUACAAAUGAAAAGCAUUGGCUGGUUAUGAGGAUUAUGAAGAUGAUGAUGAUGAUAAUAAUACAAAAACAUUCAUGUUUGCUAUAUAUUGUUUUACAAAAACAAAACAGCUUGCAAAAGGGAGAACGAAAUAUAUAAAAUAUAUAAAUCUGUUUUCUUCCCUGAAAAUAUUUUAUUUGUUUACAAAAUGAAGAAAAAAAAAACAACGGAUGCAACAGAGCGACUUCUACACCACGGAAGAGUUUCACUUUGUUUCUUAUUAAUCACGUUGCUGUUUGUGAUUCUUCAUGUGGCUGGGUGGCUUGAGACUGUAAAGCAUUGUUGUUGUUAUAUUUUAAAGAGUCGAAGUAUUGCUGAAACUCCUUUGUUUGAUCACAUGCUUGAUAUAGCGGAGCUGAACUGUUGUAGGAGCACCAGGGCUGAAUCAGUGCAACGUGAACGUGCCCUAAAAGAGUGAGUGCGUUCCUGACAGUGCCUGUACCUGUACAUUAUAGACAGGUGCACAGCCUUCAACAGAUAACAUCCACACCAACUGCAGUGCAGUGUGUCAACUCAGUGUGCAGGGCAGUGGGGUUUCAAACGCAGCACUGACUGUGGCUGCGUUUGAAUUGCAAUACCACAGUUCUCUUUACUGAGGCCACCAAGUAACAAAUAACUAAAUCUGAGGGCACACCAAGCCACGUUUCCAGGGACAGCGGCUUGAAACCUGGUUCCAGGAGACCUCGUUUGAGGCAACUUUGCCGUAUCAAUCCCCAAGUCUCCCCUAGUGCGCCGUGCAGUGGACUGAAACCUAGUCUCCUGAAACCAAGCUCUAAGACACAAAGUGGCUUUGUGUUCCCUCAGCUUUAGAUUUGAUAAAUAUAAUGUGCAACUUUAGCUGUUUCAGCGUAGCAUAAUCACAGCCGUCUUUUUAUCACAGAUUAUGUUUGGUACUUUUAAAAUUUAAAAAUGUAAUCCCGGUUGCAGAGCUGCUCAGUCUGGCUGCUCCUGGUGUGUUCUCUCGGGAGGUGGUUUUGCCAGUGGAUUGUGUAUUAAUAUUAAUCUUUUCAUGUUUUGUAUUUUUUUUUUUUUU